GCUUUCCAUACGUCAACAGUUUGGAAAGGUUUGCUGCGCCAUGUGAGCGCAUUUGAGUAGCGUGCCAUCCAUAGACAGUAUGGUGCCAUCCGGCUACAGAACAUAAUAUAUGUCCAUUUAGGGCGAUACAAUCGAAAGUAACCUAGAAUUUGAAGUGUACCAGGACAACAGUAUACAGUAAGGAUGCAGCGAGAACAGCUGAUGGCUACCCAAAUUAAGUUCCUCUAAAUCUAAACGAUUAAUGAUGUAAAGGAGGUUUGUUUAGAUUAAUCAUGUGGAGAAGAUCUCUGAGCGCAGGCUACAGAUGCUUUGGCUGCAGGAGUGUUGGACCAAAGGGACUUUGGGGCUCCCAUGCAGUGCAUUCAUGCAGCGCUCCAGCGUUACCAACAGGAGGUAUCACAGCACUUGAAGCGGUCAAUUUAUGGAAGAGACACUUUGCAGAGAGAGGUGUGACGGAGCCAGACAACUCUAGCCAUUACAUCAUUGCUUAUCUGUUUGGGGCUAAAACUCUAGAAAGUCUUGAUCAGAGGAGAUUAACAGAGUUUCUCAGCCCAGAAAAAACAGAGCAGAUGUGGAAGCUCUGCUCUAGACGCCUAUCCAGAAUGCCUGUGCAGUAUGUGAUUGAGGAGUGGGACUUCAGAGAUCUGACACUGAAGAUGAGACCUCCUGUGUUCAUACCAAGACCUGAAACCGAGGAGUUGGUUGAACUCGUGCUCAUUGAUCUGGAGAUGAAGCUGGGGACUGGAGCCGGUGCAGACGCCCAGCAUACAUGCUUGGAAGUGGGAUGUGGCUCUGGUGCCAUUUCUCUUAGUCUGCUGAAGAGUCUGCCUCAGCUCAAAGCCAUUGCCCUGGAUCAAAGCCAGGAUGCAGUGGAUUUAACAGGGGAGAAUGCGUUAAGGUUGGGGCUUCAGGACCGAUUACAGAUUCAUCAUAUAGAUGUAAUGAAAGAUGCAGAAACUCUGUUGAGGCUCUGUAGUGAUGUCUCAGCUUUGGUCAGUAACCCCCCGUACCUGUUCUCAGAGGAUAUGACAACGUUGGAACCUGAAAUAUUUCAAUUUGAAGACCACGCUGCUUUAGAUGGAGGUAAAGAUGGCCUAAAAGUGAUCAAACAGAUUUUGACUCUGGCUCCACAGAUCCUGUCAAACCAUGGCUGUGUUUACUUGGAGGUGGACCCCAGACACCCCCUGCUCAUUCAACGCUGGGUGGAGGCGAAUGUGGAAGAGAUGCAUUAUGUGGAGACACGACAGGACAUCACAGGCAGGCCACGGUUCUGCAUCCUUCGUAAAGAGAAGUCAAACAAGGAACACAAGCUGGAUUUGGAUUGAGAAACUGAGAUCCUAUUACACUGGCUUUAGCCCAUGUCGCCACGACCUCAGCUCCCCUACCCCCCCUGAGCCGCCCAGCACGCGCUCUCACUGAUUGGACCACUCAAAAUUGAGAAUUUGCAGAAGCUCAAAUCAUUUUCAUGUCACUGUUGCACUUUUAAUCUGCUAACGUGUGUGAUCGUAUUUUCACACAAUAGCAAAUGUGUGCGAGAUGGCUAUAAAGCAGGCUCAAAGCUGAAGGUAAUUACCGAGACUUUUCUUAGAACCCUCCCUCUCAGAAUCUCACCCUCCUCCCAGGAAGCAUUCAGUAGUUCUGUGAAUCUGCUGAUGAACAGUCCUCCCCUUCGCUUGUUCACUCGCUGACUCAGAUGCAGGCUGUACGCAUUGUUGAGCAAAAACACACAGACAGACACACACACACACACACACACACACACACACACACACACACACACACACACACACACACACACACACACACACAAUGUGGCCUUUAUUUCCUCACACACUUAAAGCUCAAAGGCCAUAAAGUCUUUGUGUUUCAAAGGUGAUUUGAAGUCCAAAAUAUUUCGUAACAACUGUACCCUGUGAGUAAUACUGGCAUUUUAAGAGAAAUUGAUUGAAAGGACAGCAAGUGAAACUCUAAUUGGUUAUUUUAAUAGAAAAAUGUACAUAUGUAAAAGGUAGAAAAAAUGUUUUACUGAGAAAAAUAAAAAGGCGCAAAAGAUGUC